CUACUACAAGAAAAUCGGUCAAAGGCGGCGAUUUAGAGCCGGUAGACCGCCGCUAGUGACAUCCACCUACAUCAGAAGCUAAGGCGGCGGUCCAUAAGAAUAUGUUCGGCAGAUUUUACUUAAACCAAAUUUAAAACCGGUUUAAUAGACUGGUAUGGGAAAAACGCGCGCGAGGGCCAAAAAUCUUCAUUCUCCGUAAUAGACAAGAAAUCUAGGUUACAAGUAUUUGUUGAGAAGGGGAGAGCUACCUUUGUGCGGCUUAAGGGGAAAUUUCUGGGUGAUAUCCAAAACGCGAACCUUGUUCGUUUGAGCAGAGAAGAUGCUUUAGCAUGAAUAAGACCUCUCCAUCAACUUAUCUCUCUAAGCAAGGACAAAGUAGAUCAGUUUCAAGAAGCAGGAAGAGCACCGUUGUGAGGGCAUCAGCAUCUCAGGACUCUACUGAGUCAACUGCUCUGAUUGCGCCUCUUCAGUUGGAGUCUCCUGUUGGGUAGUUCCUGGCUUAGAUUCUAAGAAGCCACCCUCAUCUGGUGCCUGCUGCUGUGGACCAACAGCUCGAACAACUUCAGACUGCUCGCGAUAACGAGAAACAAAAGGAGGAGCCUGCUUCUUCAGGGACCGACCUUGUCUUGUACAGGGUAGUGCUUAGUAGAAAAUUUUAUAGACCGAUUAAGAACAUGUUGUGUAGGCUUCAAGUGAGAAACUAAUUGACUUUUUAAUAUAUUAUUAGGAGAAUAGCUGGGGUUAAGGCCAAUGAGAGGAGAAAGGCUCUAGAAGAGAUUUUAUAUGCAUUAAUAGUUCAGAAAUUCAUGGAUGCAAAUGUUUCUUUGAUACCUGCAAUACUGUCAUCUGAUCCUUCUGGCCGAGUAGACACAUGGCCAGAUUAGGAGAAGAAGCUUGAGCAGCUCCACUCCCCAGAAGCCUAUGAGAUGAUCUAGAAUCAUCUGGCUCUUAUAUUGGGGAACAAAGUAGCAGAUUCUAGUACCAUUGCACAGAUAAGCAAGCUUAGGGUUGGGCAGGUCUAUGCUGCAUCGGUGAUGUAUGGAUAUUUCCUCAAGCGGGUUGACUAAAGGUUCCAGCUUGAGAAGACGAUGAAGAUUCUUCCAUAUGCAUCAGAUAAGGAGAGUGACACUGAUAUGCAAAAGAUGCUCAGAGCAACAAAACAAUAGAACAGAAUAUGCAGGUGGUAUCUUGUUCUCUAUUAGAUCUACUUGUUCAUCCAUCAACAACACAUCAUCAUUUUAACAGGAUUGCUUGGGCCUUUUGUGUAUAUAUGGAAGCUGUUUCAGUAUUACCACAGCUGCAUGUCAUGCAGAACACGAAGAUUGUUGAACCAUUAACAGCUCAUUAUGUAUUUGCAUUGGAAAUUGCAAGGUUCUUGAGUUGCGCUCAUUGGGUUCUCCAGCCAUAGAUGGAUACCAUUGCUAUAUAACAAUACCAGGGCUUGGAUGUCUGCUGAGUAGAGCUUGGAUAAUUUAUGCAGUGUUGUAUUUAAAGCUGAGCAGAGCUUGGAUGUCUGCUACAAUCAAUCAAGAAAAUAAAGCACAAAGAUUAUUAGAUAUCUUAAAUUAUGAUAGAAGUGGAAAGAAAGGAAGAUGUGUUAUAUUAUUUGACAAAUUGAAUUUCUUGAAGCCUUUGUAUUUUUUAUGCCAAUUGGAUAUUGUAUUUGAA